AUGAACUCGGCCGCUCGACGGAGAACCCUGCUCGGCGGUGCGGAGUGCGACUGUCUGUCCCGGAAGCGGGGGGGUUGUCGCCGUUGCUGGGGGGAGCCGGCGGCGGCAGCGAUGGCGGCGGCGGAGCAGCUGUACCCGCGGAGCUUUGGCAGCAACGUGGCCUCGGCCAGCGUCCACAUCCGCAUGGCUUUUCUGCGGAAAGUCUACAGCAUUCUUUCCAUUCAAGUUCUUUUGACCACAGUCACAUCAGCACUUUUUCUGUAUUCUACUGGAGUGCAGGCAUUUGUUCAUGAAAGGCCUGCCUUGCUUUUGAUAUCUGGGUUGGGAUCUUUGGCUAUAAUUGUGGCACUGACCCUCUAUAGACACCAACAUCCUGUUAAUUUAUACCUGCUUUUUGGAUUUACCCUACUGGAAGCACUGACAGUUGCCAUUACAGUGAGUUUCUAUGAUGCGUCCAUCGUCUUGCAAGCCUUUAUUCUUACUACUGCUGUAUUUCUUGGGCUGACUGCAUAUACCUUGCAGUCAAAGAGAGACUUCAGCAAAUUUGGAGCAGGUCUCUUCACUUGUUUGUGGAUCUUAAUCUUCUCAAGUUUCUUGAGGCUUUUUUUCUAUAGUGAGACAAUAGAGUUGGUGUUUGCUGCUGCCGGAGCUCUUCUGUUUUGUGGAUUUAUUAUUUAUGAUACUCAUUUGCUGAUGCACAAAUUAUCCCCUGAAGAGUACAUACUGGCUGCAAUCAAUCUCUACUUGGACAUCAUCAAUCUGUUCUUACACCUGCUGCGUGUACUGGAGGCGUUUAAUAAAAAAUAGUCAAAAGCGAUGUGGUUUGACUAUAGCGUAUAUAAAGUUCAGCGUUUGGAUGAUCUGCGAACUGUAGUUCUGUCUCCUAGAGACUGAAUCUUUAUGACUUUUUCA